AUGGGCAAAUCGAAACCCACAUUCCAGAAGACAAAACUAGGUUGGAUUGUAUCAGGACCAGUCAGUCCGGCCAUAACAACUAGUAAAGCAGUGUAUUGCAAUUUAGCAUACCAAACAACGUUACAAAAACAAUUGGAAAAAUUCUGGUUACUCGAGGAAUUUCAGAAAAAAUACAACUUAACAGUUGAAGACCAAAGCUCUAAACGUAGACCAAACGCUAUGGAGAAAAAAUUAAGCAAACACUCCGAGCUGAAGCGGCAGUACGAUGCGUUCAUGCAAGAAUACAUAGAAUUAGGACACAUGAAGCUCAUUCAGAACGCGUCAAGCGACAAGCAGGAGUACCCGACAUAUUAUUUACCGCAUCACGCAGUUAUCAAAGAGGAAAGCGAAACCACAAAACUGCAAGUCGUUUUUGAUGCUUCUGCGAAGACAGAAUCAGGGAUAUCGUUAAACGAUGUGCAAAUGGUGAGCCCCAUCAUUCAGCAGGACCUCUUCAACAUACUGUUACGUUUUCGAGAACAUAGAUACGCCAUCGCUGCUGAUAUAUCAAAGAUGUAUCGCCAAAUACGAGUAAUUCCAGAACAGUGUACCCUACAACGCAUUCUCUGGAGGUUCGCUCCUGAGCAAGAAAUAUAA